AUGUACCAAGAACUUAGAGGAGAAUUAGAUCAAAUGGAUUGGAGGAAGUUGUUCUUCUCCAACUAUGCAAGACCCAGAGUAGUGUUUAUACUGUGGCUUACAGUUAGUGGGAGGCUUCAAACUAAGGACCGGUUUAUUCGAUAUGGUAUAAGUGUUGAUGCCAAAUGUGUGUUUUGCUCAGCAGAAGAAGCAAUGGACCACCUUAUGCUUGAGUGCAGCAAAACAAAUGGAAUAUGGAGGAACAUUCUGACUUGGAUUGGCUACAACAGGGGCCCUGCAAACUGGACGAUUGAGAGAACAUGGCUCAUAACAGAAACAACUAAGAAAGGAUGGAGAAGAGACAUACUCAAAACCGCCAUUGCUGAGACAGUCUAUGUCGUGUGGAGAAUGCGAAAUGAUGUGGUUUUCAACCAACACACAAUGGAUGAUACAAUUACGAAUAGGAUAAAGGAAAGUAUAGUAACGAUAUGGAUAGGAUAUAGGAAAUUGGCCACUCAUAUCAAUAGAUAA